GCCUCUGUCUCCGUCCGUCAAGCGAACACCGCGAUGCGAAAGGCAACCGAGCGAGAGUCGAGCAGCGGACAAGAAGAGGAAAAAAAGAACUCCCAUCAGCUAGCUAAAAGUGCAUAAGUAAAAUGGUGCAACUUUUGAUUCGAGAAUUUCUCUGCAAUGACGUGCUCUUUUUGAGUUUGUUCGAGUGUUGAAUGAAACAUUUAUUGUCGGAGGAUCGAUUGGAAAUUUGCUAGGUAGCAUUGGGUCGAAGGAUUGACGGUUUUCGGAGGCCUCUUUUCCGUCCCGGAUUGGUGAUGGUGGUGGAAAGUUUUUCUCGCCUUGCGUUAAUGGCGUAGAAUCGAGACGGAGUUGUGUGAAAAAAAUUGUGAAAGAUAUUUUUUCGGUGGAAUUUUUAAAAAGAGGAGAUUUUUAACUUGAUUCGCGAUUUGAGUUGGGAUUCAGGAGGAGAAUAAUGGAAGAAGUGCAAGUGAUAGACUGUCCUCCGACGCCGGAGAUUCUGCUGCCCUCGGCAACUCCCCCCUCGACGUCGGCGCUGCUUGACAUGUUGGAUAGCUCUUCGUCGGCCGAGGAGCUGGACAACUGCUCCGGGGAUGCCGGAGAUGACGCAGCGGAAAGUGGCCGCAGCUCGCCACCGCCCAAGUGUGCCAUCUGUCUGGGCAAGUGCCGUCAGAAGUGCUACACGGAUUCGUGUCGUCAUCAAUUCUGCUAUCGUUGUCUGCUCGAGUGGAGCAAGAUUAAAGCUGAAUGUCCACUGUGUAAGCAAGCGUUCCGUUCGAUCAUCUACACUCGAAAGACGUACGGCCACUAUCAGGAGCACAAAAUCUCUAUUGCUCCACCGGCUUCACCGCCAAACUAUCCCGGUCAGGGUUCCGGAUCCGCAGGAGGAGGAGCUGCCCGGACAGUACCGCAAGUGUACCACCGAUUGGAUUUCACUCUAUCCCAGUCGCCACGGUUCACUUACAGUGCAACGCUCCACGUCCAGCCGAGCCAAAGUGAACGGUUGCGGCAGCUGUUCCUGCACCAGUCUGGCGAUGUGCAACGAUUCAGCAGAGAGUUUCCGGACGAUUCCAUUCCAUCGCGGCAAAAUGGACCCGAAUGGAGGCGUUACAUUUACCACAGACGGCUGCACGCGAGACCGCUGGCCGACAUCAGUGGCCGGAUGAGAGAAUGCAGCGCCUCGUUUUAUAGAGAAAACCCAGCGCAAAUUCACCGUUUGAUGCCGUGGAUCAACCGAGAGCUGGUGGCUCUAUGCCGGAACAAUCCCGCUCAGGUAUCACUCAUAAUGGAGGACUUUCCAAACCUGCUGAUGAGCCACGAUAUCACUUCGCCGGCAUUCCGAGAGCGAGUGUCCUACUGGGGCCGUGUCCGAACCGCUCACUUCAUCCACGAACUGCUCAACUUUGCCCGCUCGCCGUACGACAUCAUCGGAUAUGACCGUUCCGUCCAGUACGAUCCGUACUAUAACAACAAUGUGGUCGUGCUUUCAUCGUCAUCGUCGUCAUCUUCCGGAUCGGGUCUCUCGGGAUCUGAGGGGGAGGAUGACGUGGUACCCAUAUUGGAACCAACUCCGGGAACUUCCGGAACGGUAAACUCCGUUGGGGGCCCCGGUGGAAGUACCAGACGAGGACGGACGCAAUUUACAAUCGAAACUCGGUCCUCGGACCAGACUGUGAUUAUGACGGGUUCGUUUGGAGGCGCCGGAGUCAGUGGGAUCGUAUCGGUGUCCACUUCCGGCUCUCAGCAUAACAAUGGAGCCGGGACGAGUACCAGCGGAUACCCGGAUAUGUCACGGAUGCAACCGCUUACAUCGAUGGUACCUCAACCUCAACCACCUCCUCCAGUGAAUAGACUACUAGAAGACGGCGAUAACAUUUCCCUUUCGUCCAGUGAUAGCGAUGACUGCCGGAUAGUCGGAGCACUUAAACCACCUCAUCUUAGGACUCCGGAAAUGGUUAGUUUAGAGUCGGAGAGCGACAGCGAUGUCGUGUUUGUCAACGACGAUGCCAAUACCGCCCGGAAUCAAGCUAUGGAAAGCAGUAACGUUCUUCUGGAACAAUUGUUUCCGGAAACUCUUCUCAAUGAUGAGUUGGCUAAACUGGAGGAGGAUCACGCGUUUGCUUCCGAGUACAACAACGGAGCGUCCACUUCUUCCGGUGGCGGAAGUGCCAGUGGCGGCGGAAUGAAGAAAUAUUACGCCAGGCCUCGAUUAAAUCGGUACGCCGAGGGAAUCGGAUUCAAGAGUAUCUACGAAGCUAGUGAGUCGGACAAAAGUCAGGGGGAACCGAGCGUGAAAAGCGACUCUGAUUCCUCCAGUCAUGACGAAGUUAAAUUCAAUAUCCGAGGUCAAGCUCCGGUGGUCAGUCGGAAGCGGAAAGCAGUCAAACGAAGGCAAGCCUCUUCCACCGGAACUAGCAGUUCGGAUAGCAGUGAGGAGAGCUCCACUUCUGAUUCGGAAAGCAGCAGUCGAUCAUCUAGUGGAUGUAGUUCUAGUUCCAGUUCCAACUCCGACAGUGAUAGCGACUGCUCCUCAGAGAAAGUUACCCUUAAAAAGCGAUCUCGCCGGUCGACUGUUCGCUCAUCUCGCAAAACUUCCGCAAAGCGACGCCAGAAAGAGUCCAAACCCAAGCGUUCCAAAGCGAAAAAGCGAAAGACCUCAUCCUCCAAGAAGCGCUCCUCCAGCCGGAAACGACAGAAACUCCAAACCCCUAAACAACCCGCGAAAAGUUCGUCGGAGAGUGGCAAGGGAACGUCGGCUUCGUGCACUUCCGGUCCCUCGACGGAAACCAUUCCCACUAUGAUGGUUGCCAACCCUGCCGCCUGCAGUUCCAACGAUCGGAAGCGCAAAUUGAAAAGCGCCAUCAUCAAACUGAAUCCAGUGGCACGGCAACUGCAUCUGGCCGUAUCCAAGAGGCGCCGGAAGACCCCAGUAUGCUCGUCGGAGCUUAUCACCAGCACGGACUUUUCCAGCGAAGAGAACAAACCGGAGCUAAACGAGCCGCCUCCGCCAGCGGCUCAGCAAAGGGAAUCCAGCGAUUCCAGUUCCAGUGAUACGGAUACGUCCGACAGCGAGGAGGGCCGUUGCACGAUUGCCUCGCUGAUACGGGCGGCCAAGGCGGACGAUCCGGUGACGACGGAGAUGAAGCAACAGCAGAACACCUCCAGCAGUAGCAGCUGUAGUAGCAGUAGUGUUAAUUCUUCCCUUACGGAACAAUCAAGUCAGAUGGGUGGCGGGGCCCCGGUAGAGAACGACGAUGAUGACGAGGCGGAAGAGGAAGAGGAAGAAGACGAUGACGACGACGACGAUGAAGAAGAGGAAGUGGAUGAACAUAACCAAUCGCCGUCGCCGUCGGUUUCGAGGGCCGGUGAGGAAGUGGCACAGGUGAUCGCCGUUGGAGCUGAGGUGGAACUUUGAGAUUUACUGCUGCGGUCGAUGGAGUUCGACGAGUGGUGAUAGGACAGAAGUGGAUCGCGAGAAAAAGCUACCCUUACCGCCAAACAAACAACGUGUUCUCUUGGCUGUUCAGGAAUCGCAUCACUCUAGGGAUGACGGUCUCAUGGUCACUAAGCUGUGUAAAUACGCAACAGAAUCACAAUAUAAACUACUUCGUUCAUAAUUUAUAGACCCAUUUCGAUCUAGAAUGUAAGCUUCUCCUAUCUGUUAAUUAGGACUAAAUUUAUUGCAAACAAAAAACUCGUACAACUCCCAUCAAACACAUUAAAAAUAAAACAACCUUCACUUGUUUUUUUUUAUUUGAUUAGCAUGGAAAAUUCUGCAAUAGAAUUACUAAUCCGAGUUGUACGCAGAACAAAAAAUAGCAAAAAAUACUACAAACUCAGCAUAAGACAUAAAAACACAGAAAGUGAUCAAUCUUAAGAGUACUCUGUCAUCUCCGUCUAUUGUAAAUAUCGUAGGCAAACUAAGGACAGCAGUCGCUGCCUACCUACAACACAUAGAAAACUCAUUUACAUUUGUAAGCAAAUUCCCCUGUCGUCGCAACACUACUGUGACGGCGUAAUAUAGUCUUCUGCAGUUAAAUACUUUUAAAUAAAAACCAUCCGUAAAUUUGAGGAAGUGAAAAUUG